AAAUCUUUUAACGAGUCAAAGAAUUAACGCCAAGGACAUAUCUGGCAUGUAUCAAUACUAUUAUGUUCUUCUUUACCUAAACGGUAAAAUUAAAAAUUUGCAACUCACCUUGAACAAGAUCAUGGAUUUCUGCCUGAAGAAUUUCAUUAAAAACAUAAAUAUUCUCGUGGAAAAAAAAGCAGGACUAGUCACAAUCUACACUUACUAUCCUUUCAACAAGAAAAUUUGCCGAGAUAAUACUCCAAAAAUUUAUAACUACUUCAUGGACAAGAAGUUGAUAUGGAUGAAGCCUACAUUUGAAAGGAAAUUAAACAAUAUGUGGAAAUGCCCUCUGAUAACAAUUGUUGUGGAAGAACCUCCAUUCGCUAUAGUAACGAAAGAAAAAACUUUUGGAUUCGAUUUAGAUGUUAUUAGAAGUCUUGCUGAUGUUAUGAACUUUACAGUCGAUGUGCUGAUAAUUGAAGAGAAACACAAUGCUGAAGACAAGGUUAUCGGAGGAGUUUUAACCAAUCGUAUAAACGAGGGAGAUCUUGUGAUCGGAGGCUUUCUUUGUUCCAAAGAUAGAAUUGAAAAUUUUGCGUCUUUAGGUUAUUUGUCAUCAGCUUCUUUGGAUUUGGUAAUAAAAAAGCCUAAGACAUACAGUCCAUUAGAAAUCCUUCUAUUUCCUUUCGAUAAGUCUACUUGGCUUAUGCUUUUGUUCAUUUUGAGUGGAAAAGGUUGCGGACAAGUUCUCUGGAAAAAGUUUUCUGGGCUUUCCCUCUGUUUUGGUAAAGUUUCAUCACGGAUACAUCUACUGUCUUGGCUUCUGGGUAUUCUAAUCAUAGAAAGCUCUUACGGAGGCUCACUUUUUAAAUUUAUACACAAACAACCGCAACGCAGAGUUCCUGCCAAUUUCGAAGAAACCAUUGCAGCAGGUUAUAAUUUCCUGGCCAAGAAAUCAUACUACUACAUUUUAGACCCGUUUUUUAAUCGAAUGCCGGAGAAGAUCAAUUACAUUGACGUUUCUUUUAUGCAAUUAUUCGACGAAUUGGACAGUCGUGAAGGCAAGUAUGCUAUAUUUACAUCGUGCGAUGACAUGAUUGUUCACAAAAACGAUCCUUCAUCAUAUGAACGGCAUUACACUAUUAAGAAUCCUGUACAUCACAAUGUCUUGUGCUUUUACAUGCCAAAGUUUUCUUUUUUUACCGAAGAGUUUCAUAAAAGAAUAACGCAAAUGUCAUAUAGUGGACUCAUAAAGCGUAUUUAUGACAAAUUAGCAGCUGAUAGCAUUAGGAAGAAAAAUAUCGCCCGUCACAGAGUUUCGAAACCGAUGGGACUGAAACAACUUAUGGGUGCUUUUCAGCUGCUUAUGGCUUUGUCAGGAAUAGCAACUUGUUUUUUUAUAGUGGAAAUUCUCUCAACAAAAAUUUUAAUAUUGAAAAAUUUGAUUGAAAAUUUACAGUAAGUGUAAAGGA